CUUAGCUGGAGGUCAGCCAGAGCCUUUUGGGCUCGUCAGUCAAAGUAGAUAUCCUGAGGGCUACGCGAACGGCAUGCUGGGAUAGAAGAUGUAAACAUCAAGUGGCCCAGAAAAGGAGCUGCAGCUCCGAUACCUAACGCUUUUUUUCCCCCCCACCACCAGCUACAUUUACAAGGACUUUUCUCGGUACAAGUUAGUUAGCAGUUUGUUAACGACGUACAGGAAUGCGACAUUUUUUCCCGAAAGAGAGGGAGAGAACUCCUGUUGAAAGCGCAACACCAAUGAUACCAGUGCCGAGCUAGCUAGCACGCGCUAAUAUGGAUAGCUCGCUGGUUAGCUUCAUGCUCCCGUAAUAUUUUAAAUUUUUUCCCCACAAACCAUCGUGUUUACGCUGCUUUCGUUUUAAAAGUAGCCCAAUUUCCACCGGCGCCCUGUAGGUCAACGGCGCCGAUGGUGGUCGUCGUUAACCUGACCGAUCCGGUAUGAAAUUCAGAGUACUGACGAUUCACGUGAUUAAAUUUGGCAAUGUUUUGCGCCGGUGGCCCUUCCUGACGCAACCCUCUCUUUUUAUCCAGGCUUGGGACCGGCUGUCCCAGAAGUCACUGGACUGUGACCCCCAUGGUUAGAUUACUUCAAGCCUAAUAAUAAAUGAAUUAAAAAUUGUUGAUAUGUUUGAAACUUUCUGUAAGAAGUUUCUGUUUUCCGUGAUUGAAGAGACAAUGGUUAUAAUGCAAGUGAUUUUAUUCACAACUAGAUAAAAUCUAUGACAGAUUAGAAUUGUCAUUUUUGGCAGCUUGCUGUGAUUUAAGAAGAAGGAAACGCUUCAGGACAACUUUAGGAAAUCCAUCCUUUAUCUGCGACGAAGAUGGGAGUGAAGACAUUUACCCACAAUUCACCCAGUCACAGCCAAGAGCUGUUGGACAAGCUCAAUGCAUUGCGCAGCGAGGGCCACUUCUGCGAUGUUACAAUCCGUGUUCAGGGCCAGCUAUUCUCUGCCCACAAGGUGGUGCUGGCUUGUUGCAGCGACUUCCUCAAAGCUAAGCUCUCGGGGAAGCCAAGUGAUGAUGAGGCCAGCAUGGAGGACAAUAAGGCAGUUCUGGAUCUUCACCACGUUACCGUCGCAGGCUUCGCUCCACUGCUGGAAUACGCCUACACAUCCACACUAUCUAUCAGCACAGAAAACAUCAUCGAUGUCCUGGCUGCCGCCAGCUACAUGCAGAUGUUUGCAGUGGCCAACACCUGCUCGGAAUUCAUGAAGUCCAGCAUCUUGUGGAACUCGUCCCCAGCUUCCGGCAACACCGCCACUCUUCACCGGCCCCAGGAAGCUCCAGAAGGCGCCUCAACUUGCACUUUGACUCCGCUGGAUGCCCUAUCACCCUCGCCAGUAUCUUCAGAAUGCAGCGCACCUGAGCGGCCUGUCCCUGUGUGCCGCGAGUCACGCCGCAAACGUAAAGGCUUCGCCAGCCCACAGCCAACCUCCUCUUCCUCACCACAAGUUCCAAAUCCUUCACCUUCAUCGUCUUCCUUCCCAGAAAGCUCUGCUCAGACCCUGGAAUCCUCCCUCGCUUUUUCUUGGACUUAUCCAUUUGGUGUAGACCGCCGCUUCACUUCAGAAAAAGCCAAACUUCCCGAGGGGUUGCUGGAGUCUAGUGGGGCAUCCGGACAAGACGGAGGCAGUCGGGCACUGGUGGAGUACUUGUCCUGCGAGGGCCCUCGGGCACUGAGUGUGGGUGGUACAGCUGUGGUAGAGGAGGAAGAGGAGGACGUGCAGGUGAAGGUGGAGAGGCUAAGUGAUGAAGAGGCACACGAGGAGGCAUCACAGCCAGUCAGCGCCUCGCACAGCUCACUGACCGACCAGCAAACUGUGCCUGGCAGUGAGCACACCCAAGAGGAUCUGCUCAUCAGCCCACAGUCUUCAUCCAUUGACAGGAACGUCUCAGAUGGAACCCAGGGCUCCAUGGAUGAGGGGGUGACGGAGGGUCUUCAGUCCAUCCAGGGCACCCCGAACACCACCGGCCACAUGGAGGAGGACGAAAGGCUUGAAAAUGUCCAGUACCCUUACCACCUGUACAUCAGCCCUUCCACGCGCCCGGGACUCAAUGGGCCUGAGCGGCCGUUCCAGUGUCCUACAUGUGGAGUCCGUUUUACUCGAAUCCAGAACCUUAAACAGCACAUGCUCAUCCACUCUGGCAUUAAGCCGUUCCAGUGCGACCGCUGUGGGAAAAAGUUCACACGGGCCUACUCCCUAAAGAUGCACCGUCUGAAGCAUGAAGGUAAACGCUGUUUCCGGUGCCAGAUCUGUAGCGCCACAUUCACAUCCUUCGGUGAAUAUAAGCACCACAUGAGGGUGUCCCGCCACAUCAUCCGCAAGCCUCGGAUUUACGAGUGCAAAACGUGCGGCGCCAUGUUUACCAACUCCGGCAAUUUAAUCGUACACCUGAGGAGUCUGAACCAUGAGGCAUCAGAGCUAGCAAACUACUUCCAGACCAGUGAGUUCCUCCUCCCAGACUACUUGAGCCACAUGCAGGAGGAAGAGGAGGAGAACCUGGCCCAUUUUGAGAUGACCGAACAAUCCUUCGACGUCAACGCCGCCACCUCCUCCUCCUCUUCUUCCGUACAAACACCUGUCAUCUCCCAGGUCUCCUCAACCAUGAACUAUGACUCUCGACCCUCUGCCUCAAUGGCCCAGAAUUCACCAGGCUCUAGAGGAGGCCAUGGGAGUGAGGAGGGAACAGCAGGGGACGAGGCAAAAAAUACAGUCACCUCGUUGCCGGAGCCGGAGAAGGAGGAAAGGGAGAUACAGGGCGAGGGACAGAACCAAAAGAAAGCACUUGUGUCAAUUACAAUCGAAUGAGAAGCAUUCCAUUUAAUUCUUUUGGAAUUUGUGUAUGUGUUUUUCAGAUCUUGUGGCCUGAAUCAGUAAAAAUGCAAAAGAAAUAAAGUGAACACUGGACUGUGCGUGGAGAAUGCAAGUCGGAUUACUCAUUAUAGUUGACUUUUUAAAAAGCUUCAUCUGUAGUCCUGAAAAGUUCUUUAUAGGAAUGUUCUUCUUUUCAUUUGCUUUAUAUAUGAACAUAAGGUUAUCUGUUGUGGUUGUUUCUUCUGAAAUUCAGACAUUGUAAACUUGAAAUGUUUAGACAUUGUUUUUAACUGUCCUGUAAUAGAUUUUCUUUUUUUCUUUUUUUUUCCCUGAAGCUUUAUCAGCUAAAUGUUGACCCUCUAUGAGGCCAUUUGUCAAAGGAUAUUGUGUAUGAGUCAAAAGCUGUGAGAUGAUCACACCUUCGCCUUAUUCAGUCAGGCUGGAUCAUGCUAGACCUAUGAGUAGGGAAAGUUGUUCCUCUAAGAUGAUGAUUAUUAUUAUUAUUAUUAUUAUUAUUAUUAUUAUAAUUAUUUUUGGUCCCUUUGAAGCGAUUUGUUUAGUCUCAUAAAGCAGAGCGCCUUAACUGUAGCACACUGCUGUUCCCGGGCUGCAACCUGAACUUUUGAGGCUAACAAGCUGAAAUGUGAAAAGACUGUGCUACUAGUUCAUCUUCAUUCUUCUGCAGCAGAAGUCAUCCAGUAUAAUGUGCCGUUUAGCUUUAUUUUUUUAUUUUUUUUUUUUAAAAAAUAAGCUUAGACUCCAUUUACGGAAUCCUUCCUUAGUUGUGUCUCCUUUCCAGUGGAGGAAAUGAUCCAAACUCGUGUGAAGUUAACAAUCACCCACUAACCCCUACAAAGCUUCUCAUUUUAUUUUCUACUGUAUGUCAUGCUGCUAGAUUUUGACAGCUGUGCCUCACACCUAGAAACCAUUGGAUUAAGCAUUUCUUGUAAGAAUUUCGAUAUAUGAAAGAAAAAAAAAAUUGAAGAAAAUUUCCUCAAUUUCUGUAUAUCUUCAAGCAGUGAAAUUUUUCUCCAUGACUAUAGGUACCUAAUAUCUUUCCCGUAAAAUCUGAGAGAGAUUACAUGACGAAAUUGUGAAAUCUGUAUUUAGCAGUGGUCAUUAGCAAACACACACUGUCUUGUGUGCCCAUACACCCCCCCCCCCACCCCCCUAUAUUUGACAUUGCACAAGGCAAUCAUUUGGCCAAAUGCUGCUCCAUGUGAUGUUCUCAAUAAACCAAUGGUAUGGUAUGCAUUGUGCAAUAUCCAGCUUUUAGAUGACACCCAUGUUUCCAAAUAUGGCUAAAGAAUGUGAUUAUUAUUUUAUAUAUUUAUAUAUAUAUAUAUAUAUAUAUAUAUUAUUUUUUUUUUUCUUUUUGCCAAGGCCAAUAAACAGUUGAGAAAUAAUUAGCAGGACAUUCUCAAGCAAUUAGAUUUAUCUGGAAGGAUUUUUAAAGCUCUUUCGAACACCAGUUUCUCUUUUUAUUUCUGCAGUGCACUUCAUUUACAAGAAACGAAUAACAAAAGAGUGUAUCACUAUAUUGGAUGCGGUGUCCGAUGUCAUCUUGAUGGUGGUCGGUGUACUGACCAAACACAUUCAGUAAAUACAUUGCUUCCUCGAUCUCACCAGGGCUUGUGUGGUAGAUUCAAACGCCAGUGUCUUUAGUCUGAGUGUUCAGUGAUGCAUUUUCCAGCGCAGUAUUGCCUUCUGUAUCUGCUUUCUUUCUGUGGUAUCUGCAUGUUGUCCCGGUCUAAACAAAAAUAAGAGCAAAAAUUAAUAUAGCAUGGGUUGAUUUUUAUUUGUUGGAUGUUUUGGAUGUGUGUGGAACUACAGUUUUUAUGUACAAUAUUCAAACUUCUGUGUCUGAAAUGUUUCAACAGAGAGAAAACUUGGUGUUUUGAUGGUCAUGAUACUCUUUCUGAUCCUGCAUUAUAAUACGAGUCACCUUACAGUGAAAUUUUGUACAUUUCUUAUAGCAAUGUGAGUAUGAAUUGUUAUUUGACUUGAGCCUUGUAGUGUCUGCUUUUGUGACGAUGUCUUAAUGGUAUUUACUCGAACCUUCUUUGUUUUAUUCAUUUUCUUUCGUAUCUUGUGCCUUGGAUAUUAAAUCUGUAGUAUAUUUUAAUGGCUAAAACAUACAUUGAUAUGAAUUCAUACCAUUUUGUAGACAGAAUGCUGGUAGACUUAUGAUGUAGCUAGUGAUCGAAAAUAUUUUUGAAGUGCUAUACUAUUGGUUUAAUAUGUGUGCUUGUGUUUAUUUUGAUAAUGACAAAUGUACCUUUAUUGUUUUGUACCUUUUCGGUGGUCCUUAUGCCAAGACAGAUUUGCUGAAUGAUGUUUUGUAAAGUCAGCAAGUUGCAACUGAAAUUAAAUGGUUACACCCUA